AUGGAGACCACCAAUGGGACUGAGCCCUGGUAUCACAGUCUGCACGCUGUCCUGAAGGCUCUAAAUGCCACUCUUCACAGCAACUUGCUCUGCCGGACAGGGCCAGACAACCUGACGGAGGAGCAGCGGGCUAACCUUCCUGGCCGCCAUGACAACUCCUACAUGUAUAUUCUCUUCGUCAUGUUCCUGUUUGCUGCCACUGUGGGCAGUCUCAUCCUGGGAUACACCCGCUCCCGCAAAGUGGACAAGCGCAGCGACCCCUACCACAUGUACAUCAAGAACCGCGUGUCUAUGAUCUGA